UUAGCAACCUGUUGGAGAAAGGCCAUUAAAGACCAACGCUCUAUAGCUUCGCGAAAGUUGUUCGAGAAACAUGAGAUUCUUGUAUUUAAAAGAUUUAAAAAAGUAGUGAGAAAAAUUUCAAUACGAAGAAGAACGCAGAUAUUUCUUUAAACUUGAGUGUAGAUUUUUUUGAACAAUAAGAUUUUGUCAAGUUUCAUGCAGUUGAAUAAUCCAGAAUAAAUCCUCAAGGAAUAAAGUGACAAAAUGUCAUCGGAAGAAAUCCUGUCUCUACAAACUGCAUGUUUAUUUGGUGAUAAGUUGAAAGUAAGAAAUAUCCUUUAUCAAAACAAUUGUAAUGAUUACCUCGCAUCAUCUUCUGGUUAUUCACUACUUUGUCGUACGCUUAAAGGUUUUUCUCACGACAUUUCAACACUUCUUUUGCAAUAUCCUGUUAAAGUAAAUGACGAAACUCAAGCUCGCGGUCAGACUCCACUUCAUUUUGCAGUAGAAUGUGGAGAUAUGAAAAUCAUGGAAAUUUUACUGAGAAAAGGAGCUAAUGUUAAUGCAAAAAAUUGUGACUUAAAUACUCCUCUACAUAUUGCUGUUUCAAAAUAUUUAAACUAUACUGAAAGUGUUAUUCAACUUUUACUUGACAAUGGAGCUGAUUUGAAAGUGUAUAAUAUGUUUGGUUUUACACCUCAUCAUGUGUGUAUUAAAAGUUAUAGGCGGAUUUUAUUGCAGCAUGAAAUAAAAAUGCUUCUUAAUGAUGGUGGUGAUAUUGAUGAAAAGGAUUUUAGUGGUUAUACAGCGUUACAUAGAGCGGUGGAAAGUGAGAAUUGUGAUAUUGUUGAAUUUUUUCUAUCCAGAGGAUCGGACGUGAAUGCUGAGACAAAAUUUGGAAAAACACCUCUACAUCUUGCUUGCCAAGAACGUAAUGAAGAAAUUUUACUUCUUCUUUUACGAGCAGGUGCAAAUGUUAACGCUACGACUGAUACAGGAGACACUCCAUUGCAUUUGGCAGCGAAAAAUAUAUCUCUUGGAGAAUGUGGAGAAUUUUUAAAGAAACUCGUCAACUACGGUGCUGAAUUAACAGCUAAAAAUAAUUGUGGUCUGUUUCCUAUAAAUUACGCCGUUGAAAAUCGAUCUUUGGUUGAAACAACAAUUCUUCUGGGUGAAAGACCAAAUAAUUGGGAUAUGACUCUCAAAAAUGCAUUUUGCUAUUCAUUUCUGCUUCCCUAUUUUGAGACAUUAAAUGGUUUGGAAAGCUCCGGAGACUAUGGUGAAAAAAUUAAAAACUAUCAACUAAUGAGUGAAUUAUUCUACAAUCAUGGAUUUAGGAUUAAUACCGAAGAUGUAAAAAAUAUGACAAUUCCAAAGGAAUUUGAUUCAGUUACUUUAGAUCAUUCAUUGAUGGAAGAACAUAGAAUGAUUGUACAAAGCCUUUUAAAUAAAGAAGAAACAACCUGUUAUGAAACAAUGAUUCAAGAAUUUAUUGAAUAUCAUAUAUUAAUCGGUGCUAUUAAAUAUGGAUUUAUCGAUAUUUUUUACAAUUUCUUACCAAAUUUUUGUAACGUUAAUAAUUGUUUGAUUGAGGAUUGUACGUUACUGGAUUAUGCCUGUGAAAAAGGAUGCCCAACUAUUGUCAAGGAACUUUUGGACCGUGGUGCCAAUGUAAAUGUUUAUUUUUGCACUGACGCAGAGAAAGCUCCACUUUGUGCCUUAAUCAAUCAGAAUAAUUUCAAAUGCGUAAAAUUGCUUCUAGAAGCUGGCGCUAAAGUUAAUUGUAUUACUUACUUCGAUUACGUCAGACCACUUUACUCUGCUAGCGCGUUGAAAAAUAACUUACUUAUUACAAAACUUCUUCUACACUAUGGUGCCACUUAUCGUCCAGAGGAAAUGAAUGCAUUAAUUAAAUGUCCAACUAUUCUAUCAGCACACAGUGAAAUAUUCGAUUUGACAUUUGAUCACAGCGUUUAUACAAACAUCUUAGCUCUCAUUGAUAGUAAAUUCUAUAACGAAAUUGAUCAGUUAAAAAAAAUCAAAGUUAGUGAAACUGAUGUGACAAUUUACGAUCUUCAAACUAUGUCACAUAGGCGACUUUCUAUUUUAAUGCGAAAUGAAAAUUUUCUCGACUUUAUAAAUUCAUUUGAUUUUCAAACUUCUUUUCCGAAUUUUGCCCGCAGAAUAGGGGUUCGUAUAGAUAAAGCAAAACUUGAGAAGCGAUUAAUAGAAUUAAGUUACGAGUGUUUUCGAACUAUUGUCAAAUUUCAAUUACCUAUUCUUGUUUUUAAUGAAAUUGUAUCAUACAUUGACACUGCGGAUUUACAUCGAUUUAUAAUCGCUUCACCAAUUGAAUGGGAAAUGAAAAAAACGGUACAAUUCCAUUACGAAAUAGACUAAAGAUUUAAUACGUACAUUUCUUAUUUUUUGAAUCGAAUAGUAUAUUUAUUUCGAACAGUUUACAUUUGAUGUUUGAUGUAAUUUACAAAAUUUAUAAAUUAGUUUACUGAAAUUUUUAACAAAUGUUAUAAGUGUCUGAUAAAUUAAACAAUUUAUCACUGAUGCUUGAUAAGUUUUAACAUAAAAAAUUAUAAUUUAUGU